GGCGGCGGGCCCGGGGCUCCCGGCGGCUGCGGAGCGCGGCUCACACGGCGGGACGGCGGCGGCGGCGGCGUCCGCACCAUGGGCUGCGGCUGCUGGCGGCUGCUGGGCGUCGUGUGCCCGCUGCUCCUGCACCUCGUCAUGACCCAGGAGCCCAGGAGCAUGGCAGGGAAGUGCGACACCAUCUACAAGGGCUUCGCCGGCUGCCUCAUCAGCCUGGGGGACAGCAUGGUGCAGAGCGUCCAGCAGCAGCAGGAGAGCGGCCAGGAGGUGCAGGAGCUGGACACCAUCUGCAAGUCCUGGGAUGACUUUCAUGCCUGUGCCAGUGGGGUCCUGUCGAGCUGCCCUGAGGAAGCAGCCGCCAUCUGGGAGUCGCUGCGUGAGCAGUCCCGCAAGAUCCAGUUCCAGGGAAACCUGCAUGAGCUAUGCAGCACCCGGGCCCGCCUGGCCAGUGCCCGGGGCUCGCCGGCUGCUGAGACCAACCAGGAGACGCUGCGGGGCUCGGCCACCCCCCUGCCCCUCAGCCUCCUGCCCCUGCUAGCCCUGCCACUGCUGGCGCCAUGGGUCUAGCCCUGCAGCGGUACCAGGACCCCUUUGCGCCCAGCCCGGCUCGGGACAACCCCAGGAUCUGUUUGAGGAUGAGGAUCCGGGAGCAUCACCUCUACUGCGGCAGGGAGGCCCGAGCACUAGGGCCUGCGGUGGGGUCGUUGCCUUGCCACCCGCCUCGCAGCCCUCGCUGCCAGCACCGAGCUGAGGCAGCUCAGGAGGAUGGUGGCGUUUCAGGCAGCCUCUUCUUCAAGUGCCACUGCCUCUAGGGAUGUCCGACAGCUCUGCCAUACCGUGCUCGGAGCCGGGGACUCCGUGUGCUGGAGCCCUGUCCUGAGGGACAAGGGCUGCGUCCACCCUGCAGAGCCAGGCUUAUUCCUAGGGCCGUUUUGGGCUCCUUCCUCCUUGCGGCCCUAGUGCCGCCGGGGACGGACAGCUCCAAUGCAACUGAGGGAUCCGGGGGGGUGGGAAGCUGUGGGGUGGCCCUUGCCCCUGGUGGGGCUCACCGCCAGCAGCUCCUCACCAUCCCCUGCGCAAGGUGAACCCAGCCCCCUUGGUCCCUCAUCCUCUGCGGCCUCAGUGCCCACGUUGUGUCCACCACCAGGCCCAUCUUGUGGGGGCAUAGUCGUCUUUCUGUCCUGGAUCCCUUCAGAUGUAUUUAUAUUUAUAUUAAAAGAUGCUUUUACAUUUC